UUUCCCCCUCCUGCCUGCAAUUGGGAUCUCCGGGCGUGCAACGAGAGCGAACGCCCUCCCCCACCCACUUGGCUCUCCCCUCCCUUCCGUGGCUGCUGGAGUGCUGGCCCAGCCCAGGUUUUCUCUUUCUCUCCUCCCUCCCUGGUCAUGUGUCGCCUUUUUUUGUUUGCUUGCAGUGGAAACAAUUUAUCGCUCUUCUGCUAGCACCGACCCAAAUCGCUGCCCACCAGGAGUAAAGGAGGGAGGGGGAGGGAAGGCAGAAAGGGAGGGCGGAAGGUAAAACUACAGGAGGGUCCCAUGGUACUGUAUUUCCUCUUGUGCCCUGGGACUCCUUUCCCCCUCUGCACGUUGUUGGCUCAGGCUAAGGGAGGAGACGAUGCCUUGUUCAAUCAGAUGAAAGUUUGCAUAAUAACCAUGAAAGGACAGCGGUAAAAUCUAGCCUCUCUCAAGCCAGGAGCUUCUGUCUAAAUGGGUCCAGUCAUGCCUCCCAGUAAGAAGCCGGAGGGCUCAGGAAUUAGUGUUUCCAGUGGACUGAGUCAGUGUUACCAAGAUAGCGAUUUAUCAAAGGCACUUCAUGAGGAUGAGGACCUAGAUUUCUCUUUGCCUGCCAUCCGAUUAGAUAAAGGGGCCGUGGAGGACGAAGAACUAACUAACUUGAACUGGUUACACGAAAGCAAGAAUUUGCUAAAAAGCUUUGGGGACUCAGUUUUAAGAAGUGUUAGCCCAGUUCAGGACAUUGAUGAUGACACACCUCCUUCUCCUGCUCACUCGGACAUGCCCUAUGAUGCCAAGCAGAACCCCAACUGCAAACCUCCUUAUUCCUUUAGCUGCCUCAUAUUUAUGGCCAUUGAGGACUCGCCAACCAAACGCCUGCCUGUGAAGGAUAUAUACAACUGGAUCCUAGAACAUUUUCCUUAUUUUGCUAAUGCACCCACUGGAUGGAAAAAUUCUGUGAGACAUAAUCUGUCAUUAAAUAAGUGUUUUAAGAAAGUGGACAAAGACAGAAGUCAGAGUAUCGGAAAGGGGUCCUUGUGGUGUAUAGACCCAGAAUAUAGACAAAAUCUCAUUCAGGCUUUGAAAAAGACACCCUAUCACCCAUAUUCACAUGUGUUCAAUACACCUCCCACAUCUCCUCAGGCAUAUCAAAGCACAUCAGGUCCACCCAUUUGGCCAGGAAGGACCUUUUUCAAGAGAAAUGGAGCCCUUCUACAAGAUCCUGACAUUGAUGCUGCCACUGCCAUGAUGCUUUUGAAUACUCCCCCUGAGAUACAAGCAGUUCCCCCUGGUGUGAUACAAAAUGGAGCUCGUGUUCUGAGCAGAGGAAUGUUCCCAGGAGUCAGGCCAUUGCCAAUCAACCCUAUUGGAAGCAUGGCUGCUGCAGUGAGGAAUGGAUUAGCAAACUGCCGGAUGAGGACAGAAAGUGAACAGUCGUGUGGCUCUCCAGUUGUUAGUGGCGACCCAAAGGAGGAUCACAACUAUAGCAGUGCCAAAUCUUCCAACCACAGGAGCACUUCACCUGCCAGUGACUCUGUUUCCUCUUCUUCUGCUGAUGACCAUUAUGAAUUUGCUACUAAAGGCAGCCAAGACAGCAGCGAAGGGAGUGAAGUUAGUUUCCAGAGCCACGAGAGCCAUAGUGAAACAGAAGAGGAGGACAAAAAGCAAAACCGAAAGGAGACCAAGGACUCUCUAGCUGACAGUGGGUAUGCGUCCCAGCACAAGAAAAGGCAACAUUUACUGAAGGUGAAAAAAGUACCAAGUGACACACUGCCUCUUAAAAAGAGACGUACAGAAAAGCCCCCAGAGAGUGAUGAUGAGGAAAUGAAAGAAGCAGCUGGAUCACUCCUGCAUUUAGCAGGAAUUCGGUCCUGUUUGAAUAACAUUACCAAUCGGACGGCAAAGGGGCAAAAAGAGCAAAAGGAAACCACAAAAAAUUAGAACAAAUCAGUGAUUUGUUUGAACUUACAAAAUUUUGUUUUAGCACGUCAGGUGAAUUCUAAUGAUUUGUGGCAAUAUCAACAUUUUUUUGUUUUUGUUUUUUUGGGGGUUUUUUCUUUCUCUUUUUUUUCUUUUGACCCUUAAGAUUUUUAUUUUUAAAGGAGAUUGAAGCCAUAGAACUCAUACUGACACUCAGCUAAUUUACAAAAGCUUUUCAUUACCUGAAGACACAAAGUAAAAAAGCCAAAAUCACCAUUGCUUUCUCCAGCUUGUCAGAAAUGCAUGGUUGAAUACGCAGUGACAUCAACAUUAUUGUGAUGGGCGUACAAUUCGGCCCUUGGAGAUCCCUCUUAUACCUAGAAGAGAUGUGCAUAAUUUAGUAAUCAUUCAGGCCUGGCCCUUAGGUUUAAAAAAAAUGGCCUUAUAAUUAGGUUUAUGAGUGAAUGUGAAUAGAGAGAUUCGGAGGAUGGAGGUGGCAUGGAGUCCUCAACAUCUAACCAAGAACCGGUGGCAGUUGGAUACAGUUGUGCCAUAGAAGUCUUUGGACUGCCACUGGAGGCAUUUGCGCAUACAGUAAUGCACUAUUAGUGCUCCCUGUACUAUAUGUGGCUCAUAAUGUGAAGACUGUUAACUUUAAGUUGUGGAAAAAUUGAACUGUGUAUGCAACGGGUUUCAGUGAAAUAAUGAGGAGAAAUGAUGCUGGGGGGAGGGAAUUGUUAAUGGUAUUGUUAAUCAUUGAAUUCUGUCUUCUAUAUUAAAUUAAAAGAAUGUUCAAAAAGCCAUAAGCCUGAAGAUUGGCACUGCGUGCAAAAAUAAUAAUAAUAUGGAAAACAAGCUAUGUCUUCUAAACUGCCUGAGUGAAAAGCAAUCAAGUCUAAGAAAUUACAGUAGAUAUUAAGGAAGAAAAUAAAUCAGAAUAUUUUUCUGUUGAUCAAAAAUAUUUGAUCUAAUUGGGGAAAAAUGCUACAAACCCUGCCAUUAGUAUUAUGCUAUAUUUAAAACAAAAAAUCAGAAACAAAAAAAAGCAUAUUGAUGGACAAGAAACUAGAAUACAACAAAGAGCUCCUAUACUGCCCUCAAAAUUGAGUAUGCAGUUAAUGUCAGUCAGGAUUCAUCUGUGCAAAAACAUCAGAUUUCCAGAUUUAACCAGCGUAGCCAGAAGAAAAUUCUGAUCCACAUUGCAUGGAUUUUGGGGAGAGGAAAUUUAAAAAAACAAACAAACUUUUUUUUAAUUCAAAGAUAAAGUUCUUGUAAGGUAAAUAAUGUAUUUAGCAUGAAGCAUGAAUUAUUUUCAUAUAAAUAUAGAAAAUAGAGAAAAGGCUAUGCCUCUAAUUUUUAAGCCCUUAGGCUUAGAGUCUGUUUUUGUUUUGUUUUUGGUUUUUGUUUUGGGGUUUUUGUUUCUGUUUUUGUUUUGAAGCAGGUGUUUAAGGUUUAACCUUCUUCAGGGACAAACACUGACUGUUGGGGAACUUACUCUGCAAUAUUAAAAAUAUCUUCACACUCUGGUAGGGCUUGGAUGGUUGAAUUUUACUGCCUUGUCUGCACAUUCAGCCCCCUCUCCCUACUUCUGUUUAAAAAAAAAAAGUAUGUUCUUUCUCUGCCUGUACAUGUGUAACAUGAUGCAAUAAUUUGAGGGCAAAUUUAGUAGUGAGUGUGUAUGAUAGAAUCAAGAGGAUAACGGGAGGCUUAAUUGAGGAAAAAUAAUUUAGAUUUGGUUCAGGGAUAGGUAUGUCAGUGAAUAGCUUUGCUAAUUUGCCAUGAAAAGAAAUGAAGUUAGUAAAGGGCCUUAUUGAUGGUGAUCAGAAAUGUAGCACAGGAUUGGAGGAAGUGAUUCAGGUAUAGUUGUGCUACUCUCAUGAAAAUGUUGAUAAUUAGAUUGGAACUCCCUAGAAUGGGGAGGGGAGCUGUGAAGAAAAUACAAUCUCUCCCACCCCAAUUUGUGAAUUUGGCAUUAAAAUUGUCUACACUAAGGAAGUUCUCAAGGCAAAAGGAAAAUAAUAGGGAAGGAAAAUCCCUAUCAUUUUAUAAAAUACAAUUGUUUAUCGUCAUUAAAAACUUGAGGCCAUGAUAUUUAUCCCUGGUGUAACUGUUUCAAUCCUCUGAGUUAUAGGAGGAAGUAUAGCCCAUGAACAGGAAGCUAUAGUGGGACACGGUUGUCCACACAAUGCAAUGGAGUAAAAUAAAAAUUGAACCAUGAGGCAUUUGGGUUUUUUAUGUUAUAUAGAAAACAUAUUACAGCACAAGACUGCAGCACCAAAAUUAGUUUCUUCUGAUUUGCUUAAGUGUAAUGCAGGACCCAAAACCUGACUAUAUUGUGAAUUGAAUAAAAGUCAAUUAUCUGGAUGCUACAAUCUGGUAACUUCAAGCCGAGUAGAUUGAGAAGACAGGAGGCAAAGAUGGUAAAACCCUUAUACUCAGAUGCUCUGUAUGCAGGGUUGGCCCCCCAGGUUUAAAUUACAACCCUACUAACAGUUGCUAACACAUAACACACUGGCUGCCAGCAGCACUGAAAAGCAAAAAGUCACAGCUAGGGAUUAGUGCAGCAUAGAAGUGCAUCAGCCAAUAUUGCUUCCUCGAGGUACAGUCCCUUCAUGACAGCCCUGGGGUCUUUCUCCUGUUGGCAGGUACACCAGCUCUGCAGCCAAAAUCCACUGAUAGUGUCAUACCACAACUGCACCAGAAAGUCUGGCCUCUUGUGUUUCAUGAAUUUCUGGGAAGAGUAACUGCAAAUGAAAAUGCAUUCACUUGCCUCAAAAGCCAAUGCAAUACACACUUGUACAUAUAUUGUUCCAUCCCACCAGUUUGUUGAACAUUAAAUUCAAUUAAGAGUAAAAUUUAGUGGCAUCAAGUACAUUUGAAGUGAUGGCUUACUCCCCACCUUCACCAGAGAAAAUGGCAUGAUCACAUAACAGUGUGUAAAAACUUUUCUCAGUCACAAAACUUAAUUCCAGAAUUAUUACACUGAUAUAAUAGUUACUCCAGACAUACACUAGUGUAACUAAGAUCAGUGUCUGUUCUAUGACAUCUUCUAAUUUGGCUGCUUGAUUAAAUAUGUAAUUACCACUAGCAUUAUCCACCCAAGAAAACAAACUUGUGCGCUAAUCCCUAAUGAAGGCAAGUUAUCUUAAAUAUAUUAUUUCUAUAGAACUUUACUCAUUCCUUUAUAGAUUUGCUGGUAUAUUUAAAUGUCAGCAGGUGCAAUUUGUAGCUCCUACACAGGUGUACUUCGAAGAUAUCAAUAGGUCAUAUUUUACAAAAUACUUUCAGGAAAUAUUUAAAAAGAGGUACUAGAAUUUGGCUUUAUGUACUAAAGCCCCCUGAAGACUAUUCAAGAAGGGCAUAAAAUAUAUGUGAUUAAAACUAUCUAUUGUUUUAUGCUAAAAAUAUUUUGUCCCGAAUUCCCAUAAAUGCAGCUGGUGACAUUCAGUACAUAACUAUAGAUUGGUGUGUUUUAAAAAAACAAAACCUAAAAGCCCACCUUUUAAAACACACAAAAUACACCUAAUUGAGCACAAUAACUUCUUUGGAAUUUGUCCUGGCUCCAUCAGUUAAAUAUUAAUUAUUUAAUAGGUGAAUUCUUUGUACAUUGGAUUGGAAGGUCUGCUUAAGGUUCAUGUAGUCUUAUGCAACUAAACAUUAUAGAGCCAAUACAAUGUAUGCUCAUAAAUACUCCUCUUAAGUAUUAAAUAAAAACACAUUGCCAUCUCCUCAGUGCAGUUAGAAUCCUGCCAAAACUAACUGGCAAUAGGGUGGUCUUAUGGACUUAAUUAUUUGCCAGAUUUUUUUUCCUGAUAGCCAUUUGAGGAAGAGCUAAAAUCUCAACUUCUAUUUUCCCUACUACAGUAUUUUUUAAAAUCUUUCAAAAUGAAUGUCCUCCAAAGCUGGUGUGUGUGUGUGUGUGUAUAUUUUAGGGCAGCAGUCUAUUAAUGGCAAAUUACAAACCUGAGAGGAUUUUAAGGGUGGUUUAUAAUUGACAAACAAAUCCUUACAUUUUAAAAUAUUCAUUUUGGAGCAAAAAAAGUUUGCAAGCCAGAGCUAAUGCCACAAAUAGAUUCUGCUAAAGUCUGCAGGUGUAAAGGAAUUAACCAUUCACUGCUUGUGUGCUGCAGAAUAUUUGAUGAUCUUUUAUAAAAUAAUUUUGAUGAAAUUUUGCCCUUUAAAAAUGCUAAGCACAGGUCUUCAGCAGCUUUGCUAUUUCAUCAAAUGUAUCUUUCAAAAAACAGAGCUUGAGUCUGAUCUCUCACAUGUUGAAACCAGAAGUAAUUCCAGGAGCAUCACUGGAGUUAAAACCAGAAUAGGUGAGAUUAGACAUACACCUCUUUAGCUGUAGUAAAUCAGCCUCUGAGCCUAAUUCUCAUCACACGUGGAUUAUAUAUUAGUGUGUAACUUGACUGAUGUCCUUGUAGCUAAUCCUGAUUUACACUAGUGGGAGAAGAAAAUCCCUAAACAAACACACCAGCCUUCUAUAUUUGACUGAAUUACUGCCUCACUUUGAAAAUUCAUAUGGUAGAAAUUUACAGGCCAAAUUCCCUACUUAUUUGGACUCAAUGGAACUCUAAUAGAGUUACGUCAAUUUACAACAUCAGCGAAUUUUGUCCUAAAUCAUCCUUGGUAAAAUUUCUAAAAACACCUAAGUCAAGAGUGACCUACUGACUUUUAUUGAGAGAUGGGCUCCUAAGUCAUUAAGGGCCAAAUUUGUAAAUGUGUUUAGGUACUCAAAGUUGCAUAUAGGCCACUGCCUAGUGGAAUUUUCAAACAUGCCUGGAUGUCUUGCUGCUGUUGAAAUCAAUGGGAGUUAGUUGCUUAGGGCUUUUGAAAAUUCCACGAGAGAGAGGUGCCUGGGGAUCUGCAUCAUUAGGCACCAUUACAAAUCUGGCCCUAUGUGUUUUUGAAAAAUAUAUCCUGAUUCCGAAGAGAAGUGGAAAACCACAUUCACAAUUUCAGAUACAAAUUCAAUUCAUUUGAUCAAGCAAGUGAAUCAAGUUAUUUCAGCUGGGUCACAGCUGUCCAGGAUACCUUUUAAAUUUUUAUUUAGAAAAGUUUAUUUUUUAAAUAUCUUCUUGACUUUGCCAGCAAAAGAGCAUUUGAAUCGUACAUACUCUUGAUUGUAACAAAGUAUCAGUGUUGACAUUUGACCGGUUCAGUCUUUAGUGUUGUUCUUCACAGCCCUCCAGUAAUAUAUCAAACACUGUUAUGCACAUAAUGCAGCACUGUGAUCUAAUUUAAAUAAUACUUUUUUAUUAUUUAUACUACUCUAUGUAAUAUACAUCAACACUUUGCUAUAUAACCUAAGUGAUAACCCUUUUCUUAGUUAUCUGCCAAACUUUGAACUUCUGUUUGGUUUAUAUUGUAGUUAAUGCGGCUACAAAGUUGUAAUGUCUUUUUCUUUUUAGUCAGAAUGUGUAAAUCAAACUAUAUACAUCUUGUGUGUUUCUAUUUUGAGCUGGAGUUUGAGGAUUUACACACAAACAUUUGGUGUUCUGUAUAAAUCUGCAUACCUUUGUGAAAUCAUCUGUUAAUCCCCUUUUAUUUAGUAUUAAUUGACAGUGAUUUAUUAGGGUUUCUUGUUUUUACUUUUUCUAAUACUGGUUAUUCUUGAAUUAAGCACAGACUUGUCAGCUGGGUUGCUUUAUUAUUGAUAGUGUAUAUGACCUUAUAAAUCUUCCACAGUUCAGCAAACAAGUACUAGCUUCACUGACCAAAAAAAGAAAAAAAUUCUCAACCUGAUGUGUCUAUGGUGCUGUAUUUUGCUGGUGUACAUUUAAAAUAAGAAAUGAGUUAACAAAGGUCACUUCUGAGUUGUUGUGCUAAACGAAUAUCCUUUUCUCUUUUCUGUUAGCAUUGAAACAAAGAGUAUUUAUCUGAAAAUAUAUAAUUGGAUUUUUUCCCCACUGUAUCACAUUUGCAAUGAGUAUAGAUAGCAUGGGGUUUCUAUUCCUUUUGCAAAGAGGGUGAAAUUUGCCCAGCGCCUGAUCCAAUGUCUAUUUGAAAUGAAUGGGAGUGUUUUAAGUUAUCUUCAUUGGGCUUUGGAUCAGGACACCAGCACUGAAGACCCACCACUUAAGCCCAAAAUUAAGGAUUUAAGUGAUGGAAAGGCCUUGUGCUGACAUUCAACACUAGAGUGGAUUUCACCUAAAGCUGAUACUCCAUAUUAGAUGUUCAGAUGCUAAUAUGGAUAAUAGAUCUUAGCUAGAAAUUGGAUUCCAUCCCUCUAUGACUGUGGCCUGAAAUCCCAAUAGCUAUUUUUUUCUAGUUCAGAUAAGACUGAAAUUUUAAGUUAAUUGAACAUUGUACAUUUCCUGAGUAUGUGUGGGGGACAACAGUUAAAAGUAAUACCUGCAUCUGAUAACCAAUUUCAUGCCUGCAUCAUUCACACUCACUACUUAAAACUGCCAUUAUGUAAAAUGUUGGGGGAAUGAUUUGUGUGUGUAUGAAAAAGCAUUAUAAACUUGUACAUUUUUAUACUCUGAUUCUGUAAUAUUUCUGAAAUAUUUUGUUUUACAGAAAAAAGUGAUAAAGCAAUCAAAAGACCAAUAGGUUUAAUAUCAGUGCUUAAGGGUCACAUGACCUUAACUGGCCAAUGAGUUAAUUUAGUACAGUAACAAGCCAAUUUUUUUUUUUUUUUUUUUUUUUUUUGCUGUACUUGGAGUAUGAAACUGCCAAUUUCAUACAUAUUGAAAUGAGAACUGUGAUGGGGGAAUAAACAGUGAUGUUAAGUUGUAUUUUUGUUUACCUAAAUGAGCAGUCCGAAGGCAAGUGCAAUCAGCCGAUCUUUAGGAAAUAUGAAAGUGUUGAUUUAGAAGCAUACUUACAUUUUACAUUUUCUUGAUGUGUAAUCAUAUUGCCAAAGACAAACUAUUUCAUCAAUUAUUAUUGUAAAUAACACUUUCCCAAAACCUACCAUAAAGUUUCUGUGAUGUAUUGUCUUCCAGUUGCAAUAAAAAUUACUGAGUUGCAUCAAUUGAA